AUGCCGAGCCCAUCCGCUGCCCAGCAGCUAGCAGUCGGCUCGUGGGUGCACUGCCCGCGCGAGGAGGGCGACGAGUACGAGGCGUGCGAGAUAAUCCAACUCGACGCCGCCUCGAUGUCGGUCUCGCUCCGCUUUUCUGGUGGCUUUGUCGCGGCGGCCGUCCCCAUCACACGCAUCCGGCUGGAACCCGCUCCACCCACCACAGCGGCGGCGGCGAAGGAGGACGGCGACGAGGAGCCGCGAAUCGUCGAGGACGACGGCUACUUUGCGGCAGCCGCCCUCCCGACGCCGCCCGCGGCUGCAGAGCUCGAGUCGGACCCGGAGGCGAAGUACCGGUUCGUCGCGGCGUACAAGGCGGCGGGCAACGAGCUCUUCAAGGCGGGCAAGUACGCGUGGGCCAUCCGCACCUACACGGGUGCCGUCGACGCGCUGAGCCGGCACUGCUACCCGUCGCGUGAGAGGAUGCUGUGGGACUACUUUGCCCGGGUGCCGUGCGCGCAGUGCUACUCGAACGCGGCUCUGUGCGCCAUCAAGCUCGCCGACCACGCCCACGCGGCCGCGCUCUGCGAGCACGCGAUGGAGUGCCGGCCGGAGGACGGCGACCUGACAAAGGUUCUGCUGCGGCACGGACAGGCGGCGAGGCUGGAGCUAGGAGAGGUGGACGCGGCGCUGCCGCUGCUGCAGCGCGCCGCCGACAAGGAGCCCACCAACCGCGCGGCCGAGGGGCAGCUCGAGCGCGCCUUCGCGAGCCUGCUCGACUGCGAGGACGCGCAGGCGGCGCCCCUCUUCCAAGCGGUGCUCCGCUCCAAGGGGAGCGGCGGCCCGAGCGGCGCGCCGCAGCGCCUCGCCGCAUCGCACGCCGAGAGCGCCGCGCUGCUCGCAACCUUCUUCGAGGCGAAGGCGGCGUGUGAGGCGGAGGGGCGCGACUACACGGCGCCGCCGCUCGGCACGCCGCUCGCGCGCUUCUACCUCGCGCACUCGACCUACGCGCUGGGGAGGGACCGGGCCUACUUGCGCGAGGUCGAGCUGGCCGGGCCGCAGCGGGUGCUCAACAUGCCGAACGGGUGGCAGGGCCGCACCAUCAGCGAUGGGGAGCGCAAGGCGUUGUCGCCCUAG